AUGUUGCCGUGGUUGAUGACCGCGUGCAUCUACCCCUGUGUUGUAGGCCCGGAUUUUUGGGGUCUGGUAAAUCGAGAUUGGCGAAUGUGCACAGCUGGUCAAAUGCAAAGUCCUGUAAAUAUCGAUCCGGCUCAACUUCUGUUUGAUCCACAUCUUGGACGAAUAUCAAUCGAUAACGCAUAUGUCCAACUACUCGCAUACAAUAUUGAUUUAUAUACAAAUUAUAGUCAAGCAGUUACACAACCACGUGGAUUAUUGGCUAUUUCAGUUAUAGUAGAUAUUGGCGAUAUCACUGAAGUAGCUCUACGGCGGUUAACUGUUGCUUCACAAAGUAUCACUUAUAAGGGUAUGAAAACAACUUUACGACAGCUGCAUCCUGCUGGUCUACUGCCAAGGACACAUCACUAUGUCACUUACGAAGGAUCUCUGACUAUCCCUGGUUGUCAUGAAACAGUCACAUGGAUUAUUAUGAACAACCCGAUUUAUAUUACCAGAGAAGAUCUCCAAAUAUGGAACGAACUGCAAAAAACCGAAACAAAACAAGCAGAUCCUGCUUACAUGACGCCAGCUUAUCGUCCACUCAAAGCGCUGAAUGGACGAUUGCUACGAACAAAUAUCAACGUAAGCUAUAAGCAAACCUCCGCAUCCACUUGCUCAUCCAACAUUUACACUGAAAUGGGCUAUCGAUCAAAUCCUGCACGUGCACGACACAACCAAUCCAUAGCAAAGAGAAGUGUGCCAUACUUUACAGAUCAAAGGGAAAUUUUCGAGUUGGAAGCUGUUGAGCCGGAACAGAUUUCAAUCUCAACCCUGAAUACAAUGCAAUCAGUCUAG